CACCUAAAUAAUUUUCUCUCCAUCUCCGGAGCAAAUCCCAGCCACUUUCUCCCCCAUUUCUCAGUUCCCACCCGCCCGAGUAAAAGUCAGUUUAUAAUUUUCUCCCCACUUUCUCCCAAACCAAACAACUUUCUCUCUCUACCCGUCUACGAAUUUUCAAUCUUUUUCCUUUUUUAAACUGACCCAAUUCCCUAAAAAACAAAAAACACAAACAUGCCACCACAGAAUUACUAAACAUUCCCUUCACCAAACACAAAAAAAUUCCUGACUUUUCAUUUUCAGGUUAAACCAACUGAGUUAAUAAUGGAGGAGAAACGAGUCGAAGAAGAACUCAGAAACUCUUUAUUAAUCUCAGAACGACUCCGUUUAGCCGUCCAAGAAGCCGAUUCCUUCAAACAAGAGUGCACAAGCAUCGGAAACUACGCCGCCGUACUCUCCGACAAGCUCCGUUCACUACUCCGUUUCACCGGCUCUUCCCAAUCUUUCUACGACCGUCCAGUUCGCCGUACAGUUUCCGACGUCGUCAAGAAUUUUGAUCGCGCGCUAACGCUCGUCAAGAAAUGUAAACGACGGAGCGUUCUCCGCCGUGUCGUUACGAUUAUUAGCUCGGCGGAUUUCAAGAAAGUUCAGAGUGUUCUAGAAGCUUCCGUUGGUGAUGUUAAAUGGCUCGAAAGUAUUUUAGGGUUUGGAGGUGGCGACGACGGCGGUGGAGAUUUUGGUAUUGAUUUAACGUUGCCGCCGAUUGCUAGUAAUGAUCCGAUUCUGGCUUGGGUUUGGUCUUCUAUAGCUUCGAUUCAUAUGCGUAAUUUGAAUGAUAAAAUUGAAGCCGCUAAUCAGCUAGCGCAGCUGGCUAAAGACAAUGAUCGGAAUAAACAAAUAAUUGUCGAAGAAGGCGGGGUUGCGGCGGUUUUAAAGCUGUUAAAGGAGAAAAACUCGGUAGAAUCGCAGGUUGCGGCCGGGACGGCGCUGCUUUAUUUGGCUAAUGAUGAGGACAGAGUUAGAGCCAUUGUUGAUGAGCAAGGGGUUUCUUUAAUUGUUAAAGUUUUGGCCGAUUCGCCUAUGAUGGUGCAGAGUUUAAUGGCGAGUUUAGUUGCACGGAUGGCGGAACAUGACUCAGUUGCACAGGAUGAUUUUGCUCGAGAGAAUGUGAUCAGACCGCUUGUUACUCUGUUGUCGUUCGAGAAAUUCUCCGAUGAACAAUUGGUUCAGAUGGGUAAGCAUAGUAUUAGUAUUCAUUCUAUUGUUCAGAUUAAUAAAGAAAUGGAUAGAUUUUCGGUUAAUGGUUCGAAGAGUAAUCAUAGCUUUAAACCGUAUGUGAAUUCGUAUUCGAGUGUUCAUUCUGAUAGCGGUAGUAGUAGAGGUGGUAGUGUUAAUAAUAAUAAUAAUAGGAGGGAAAGAGAGAAUGAGAGACCGGAAGUUAAGCUUAAACUGAAAAUUAGUUGUGCUGAGGCUUUGUGGAUGCUUGCGAAAGGAAGUGUGGCGAAUAGUAAGCGGAUAACGGAGACUAAAGGGUUACUCUGUUUGGCGAAAUUGGUCGAAAAGGAAGAAGGAGAGUUGCAAUAUAAUUGUUUGAUGACUAUAAAGGAGAUAACUUCCGCGGCUGAGUCCAAUGCGGAUCUUAGACGUGCAGCCUUCAAGACGAAUUCGCCUGCUGCGAAGGCGGUUAUUGAUCAGCUCUUGAGAGUGAUUAAAGAGUCCGAUAGUCCGACAUUGGAAAUGCCUGCUAUAAAAGCAAUUGGUUCAUUGGCUAGGAUUUUUCCGGCCCGAGAGACUUGGGUCAUUGGUCCAUUAGUGGACAAGCUUAGUAGCGGAAGUCAAGAAGUGGCGACUGAAGCUGCCAUUGCGCUGGGAAAAUUUGCAUGUGAGGAUAAUUUUCUACGCGAAGCACAUUCCAAGGCUAUAGUCGAGUUCAAUGGCAUACCGCGGUUAAUGAAAUUACUGAAAGGAAACGAGCGGGCACAGUUGUACGGAUUGAUUCUUUUAUGUUACCUGGUAUUACACGCCGGAAACAAUCAGGCGUUGGAGCAAGCUAGGGUUUUGAAUGCCCUCGAGGGGGUAGACCGGACAGUGAUCGCACAACAUACUGAGUUGAGAGAAUUGGUGUUCAAGGCAAUACGACAUAUCAAUCUGUACCACACCAGCAGUCAUUCUCAAUUGUUGUCUUAUGUUCCUUGACACUAUUCUUUGAGUGAAUAAUUUCUUUUGUUCAUAGUUAAAUCAGGUGGCUGCUUACUUUUAGAAAGAAAAUGAGUACAGAAACAUAACAAUGAUUCCAUAAUUCAUUUCUUGAUUAACUGCUUCAAGAGGAGACUGUCUUUUCUUGGCAAUUUUGGUUGGUGAA